UGUGUCAACUUUUUAGAAGUGAACAUAUCAAGGAGUCAGAUUUACAAAAAUUUUAAUCGGAAAGAAACUGAAGUUGAACUAAAGAACUGACAAUGUCAUUUGAUGAAGCAGAACACAAUCCAAUGAGCUGUAGCGUUGCCAUCAAACGCAUCCGGAAGGAGCUGGUCGAGAUAUUGAAGGAUCCACCGCCCAACUGCAGUGCUGGUAUCAAGUCGAACAACCUAUUCGAGUGGACUUCAACGAUAAUCGGUCCCACGGACUCUGCUUAUGAGGGCGGAGUUUUCCACCUUGACGUAUACUUUCCCAGGGAUUAUCCUUUCAAUCCACCGAAAGUCUUCUUUCGCACACCCAUCUACCAUUGCAAUAUCCAUCGUCUGGGCUUCAUCUGCAUGGACAUAUUAAGCGAAAGCUGGUCGCCAGCAUUGUCCAUAUCGAAGGUAUUGCUCUCAAUUUGUUCUCUACUCACCGAUUGUAAUCCCAAUGAUCCGCUGGUGGUGAGUAUUGCCAAAGAGUAUCUCAAAGACCGUGAGAAACAUGAUAGCAAUGCACGUAUGUGGACUGACAAGUUCGCAAAACGUGAUAAUUGAAAAUGUAUUACACUUCCCAAAAAGAAACCAGCCAUCACUUAAAAUAUACAUGAAUCUUUGACAAUUACAUUUUAAAAAUAAACCAU